UCUCCAUGUUCAGCAACCACUGCAAAUAUACAUGUAUAUUUUAUUUCAGUAUAUUUUUUUAAACAGGGUAUUAAUCAGGGGCAUUUGUGGACAGUCACUGCUGCUGCAGGCUGGGUUUAUUACGCUGGGGGUAGUAGUGGCAGGUUUCCAGGAUAUACCAUGGAGGAGGUAAACAGAAAGAGAGGCUGACAGGACAAUACGUUGCUGGUCUUGCCUCAGUCAGUGUUUGGUUGUAAGAGAGAUGGAGGCAGCCAGCAUGCAGAGUCUCAAACAACAGAAGGAGGAGGACGUUGGGACGAGUCUGUUUCACCAUUUUAUGGCACAGAGGAGACUUUUGAAACCUGAAGAUGAAAUGGUUGGUAAAAUAUAUUGGAAGUUCCUGUUACACCGGUUGGUAGUCAUCGCCAGCCUCCCCCAGCCACUCGCCGACAGGACAGACUUGGGAGUGCACUACGAGGAACUAAACCAGCGCUUGCAGAAGUAUUACCAAGGUGACAGUAUCACAGGCUUGCUUUUGCUGUAUCCAACCUGCAUGCUCCACGUCAUUGAGUCUUCCAGUGAGGUUCUGGUGUCUGUUCUGCAGGACCUGACCAGCAUGCAGGAGCUGCCACAGGGCGCCCUGAUCGAGGCCCCAAGGGUUCUGAUGAUGUCGCAUGACCUUCCCAGCCGUCUCUUUCAGCAGUGGAGCUACAAAGUGCUGAAUGUACAGGCCAGGACUCUGAACAAUGCGUCCGGGGAGGAGGUCACAGAAGCGCUGAUCAGGAUUGUGCUGUCCCUGCUCCUCAAGCUGGGAAACCACCAUCAAAAAGCAAACAAGGGCUCUAAGAUGCCUCCGGGGUCAGUGCUGGAUGAGGUUCCAGACUUGAUCGUUCCUCAGGACGUUCUUACCCAGCUGCUGAGCAGAGGGGAGCUCCUGAGCCCACAGCAGUACCUGCACACUUACCACUCCCCCGUCAGUGUCCUCAUGGACUCUGGUCACGUGUUUGGAAGCAGUCAACCAACCACAGUUUAGUCUCAUGGCCAAAAGGUCAAAGAGAGUGUCUGGCCUCCACCAGAGCACUUGAUAACUGUCUAAAUUAUUUACAUUUACAGUUAGUCAUUUAGCAGACGCUCUUAUCCAGCGCAACUUACACUAAGUACAGGGACAUUCCCCCCGAGGCAAGUAGGGUGAAGUGCCUUGCCCAAGGACACAACGUCAUUUGACACAGACGGGAAUGGAACCUGCAACCUUAUGAUUACUAGCCCGAUUCCCUAACCGCUCAGCCAUCUGACUCUCUAUGGCGCCUGAGAAAGGAUUGUGGAUGUAGCCUGUGUUUGUUGUGUCUAGUCUAUCGUAACUUUCUCUGUAAUUAACAUGUACAGCACAGUCACAACUGAUUGGCAAGCAAAAAACGAAAUGUAUUGUUUCGUAAUAUAUAAUAGUUAUAAUGAUCACGGAUGGCAGUACUUAAUAUCACUGCAAGGCUUGUUAAUCAGAUCAUUCAUUACUGUUUAGCAGGACACUGUAUUUCUUAUAUGUCACAUUUACUUCUUUACACUGGAGGAUUCAAUAUACACACCAAAAGAAAAAUACAGUCAGAAUUUAAAAAAUGGUUUUUAAUAGUUUGAACAUUCUGAUGAGGAUUGUUUUGGAUCUUUCAGUACACACUGUGUUCCACUUGGUGACAGAGGACAUGUCCAUGUAAAUACCUCCCCUCCUUAUCGAGUCAUUAAAAGAGGGUCUCAAAUGCCAUCACAGUUUGACACAGUUUGACAAAUAUCCUAAAUGUCUCUAAGUCACCCAGUCUUUCCCUUUUACUGUAUUUUGGCCCCCAUUACUUAAACAUAAACUAUGCAGAAGCGAUUAAUGUAAGAUGGACUUGUUUAUCAAACAAUAGCUGCAUGCACCACAGUGUUAGACCAUACAAAUGCUCAUACAGGCAAACUUGGUAUUGUGGAGUUUGAUGUCUGGCUGAUAGGCAGACAUUUCUUCAUAAGAAAUUAGGUUUGCUGAUAUUGCAGAUAUAAGCGCACAAUUCCAGUCACAGAAGUAAUUUUGUGUAAUUGUUGCUUCACAAAACAAAUCCAGUUCAGUUAUGUUCAGUUGGUUGGUAUUUUCUCAUCUAGUUUCAAGGAAAACAGCUGUCAAAGGCAUGAUGUGAUGAUAAGUUGGAUGUGAAUAUUAAAUCAUGCUACUGGAUGUAAAUACAAUAUACUUUGACUCAGCUGAGAGUGAGUUAUUGAUUAGAACUAGAUGGAAUGUUGACAAAAAGUUUACCAAAGACCUGCUAUUUGAAAUUGCUCAUGGGCAACACUGAUUGAUUCCUCCUGCUUUGCAAAUCUAUGUCUUUCCACACAUCAUGACAAUAAUGACGAGCACAAGUAGGACCGACGAUGAGAAACAUUUCACGAGGUCAAAAAGCAUGCCUCUGAUUUUCACAACAAAGGACAAUGUCUGAUCAUAACCUGCCUUCCCUCUCCCAUCCAAAGCCCCAAGCUUUGUCACAAUACACUAUCAAAUAUCCCUCCACCCAGUUGGACUUAAAACUACAACCACAACAUAAAUAAUUUUCCCUUUCCUUUUAAAAUGACCUGAGGUGAACAUGUAAAUAGUCACCAGUACAUUCCACCUAUUUAUUUAAAACAAGGCCUUUUCUUUUUAUCUUUCAAUGGGCAUGCUAAGAGAGAAAAGAAUAAUACUGAAAAUGCAUCUGGAAUCUCUAACCAUCUGUCCCUGGUCCACAACAUUAAAUCUGUUUUUGUGUUCAAAAUGUAUGUACAAGCCACCGCAAGACAGAAAGCAACCCCUCGUUACAGAACAGCUACAGAACAGCACAUCAUCACAGACAGUCCAGACACAGAACAGACCAUUCACCUCAGCACAUCCUAAUUGUAACAGGAGCUUUUAAAAAUGGUAUGCAAUUUGCCAAUAAUUUGUCAAACCCAUAAUGUAUGACUGCAUCACAUGUUGCACUAAUGCCUCACUAUUGGCAGAAUUCAUAGAAAAGACAAAUGACAAAAUCCAAAAUACAUUGAUUAAAUAUAAACUGUAGAAAACGUCCAAUCAUUUGUAAGAGAGUUUCAACUCAUAUGAGGUUCUCUGUUCAUAAAUAGUGUAAUUGCACUUUUUAUUUUGAAAAUUGAAACAUUUUUAUUGUGGAGCUGUCUAUUCAGAAUUGUGUUAAAUUGUAUUGCUUCUAAAAGGAGGAUAGAACUGUGUCUAUUAUUAUUGUAAUCAAAACUGCAAACUCUUCGUGUUACUAUGGAAAGUAUUGAAUCUACGGUGGUCCUAGUUUCCUUUACUAACUGACAUUAUUCAAAUGUGUAUUAGUGUUCUCAUGGGCAGGCUGUGUAUUUGAUGUAUGCUUGCUACUGUAUGAGUGAGUCCAAAGCAGCAAUACAGUGAUGCAGCAUUUUCCAUUUGGACUUAGUCUUCAGCUUUAUGGUACAUGACUGCACUACAGGCACUGUCUGCAUUAUAAAUGAGCUGUCCUAUAAAGUAGAUUUAACCUUGGAUCUAUGUCAGUGCUAUUAGAACUACCGUAUGAUAUUUGUUGCUGAUAAGUGUGCAAAACUUACUGCAUUUUGUUGAGUGUGAAUCUGGCAAUAUUACUGUAUGUCAGGACCAAAACAACACAUACAUAUCAAUAUAUAUACUUUGAAUUAAUAUUAAUAUUUUCAUACUGUAUCUUCAUAUAUAUUUCAUCAUCUCCCCUAUAGGUACUGUAUAUAUACACUUAUAUACACAGGCUUUAUUAUUUACAGUAGUGUUGUGAAUAAAAUAUAUCGCACUUCAAAGUCUGAGAGUGAAAGAGCAGCGUAGCAUCUUCCAGGCAAUUACUGUAUUCGUUUAUGGAUGGGAAGGUUUCACAAAAGUCUUCCUAACAAAGAGGUCAUCAUUUUUCGUAGAUCAUAAUCAACAAAAGGCAAAAUAACCCACUUGUUCAAAGUCUGGCUGGUCGUAUUUCUGGGGUCUGUCCUGGUUCAUCAGUAUCAUGAGUCACAUGUUUAUGAAACUCCAUUGAAAUAUCAAUAAACCCCAUUUAAGAUGCAAAAAUACUUACAAUUACUUUGACCUCACACAUCUCAUCCUCUCACUGUGUUGGCUCUUCUGUGUGUUUUGAGGCUCUCUUAAUAUGAAAAGACCAGCUGAAAGCACCAACAGUCUCAAUAUUAACCUGACCACAAAAGCACAAAAUAUCACACCCAUACAAGCAUUCUUAAAAAACAAAAUCUUCUCGAUAUUUCCUCUCUGGUAGUUGAGCAGACAUGCGAAUGAGAAUGUCUUGCCAGAGAUGAAUCCCAGAGCUCUAGUUAAAGCUGAGGACCACAGAGAGGAGCCAGUCCUACCCUGCACAUUCCAGUCAUACUGUGGAUUGAGGUCCCCAGUCCUUAGUGCUAUCUGAAUUUUACUAUUUCUAUCCUUCAUAGUCCCUCCAUACACAAACCACAGAGGCCUAGGUCUCUACUAUGUAAUAAUCUCAGAUCAAGUUCUGAACACUCUAAAGGAAAGAAUGAAUGUUUCUCUGUACUAAAAUAUCAAUUUCCAACUCAUAAUAUUGUACUUCUGUUAAUAUUAUAUUAUCUGAAAUGUACAGUAUAAACAAUAACUUAACGAUUUCUAGAUUCAGAUGCAUCUCCCAUUUGAAAGUCGGAUUUUGUAUUCAGCUUGUUGAAUGACCAGAGGUUUCCACACACAC